AUGGCGGACAAAAAGGAUUCGGGCGCUUUCGCCUAUCCAGCGCCUGUCAGUGAUGGGGAGACGGCUAGCCGACAGUCCAUUGAAGGGGGAAAGCCGACCGACGGGCCUGCAAGGGAUCCAUUUGAGGCCCCGUUAAAACGACAACUUAAGUCAAGACAUCUUCAGAUGAUUGCUGUCGGAGGAAUCAUUGGUCCUGGUCUACUGGUUAGUUCUGGUAAUGCAUUCCAUGAUGGAGGACCUGCUGGCUCUUUGAUCAGCUUUUCUCUUGUUGGCAUCAUUGUGUUCUUCGUUAUGCAAUCACUUGGUGAAAUGGCAACAUUGAUCCCCAUAUCCGGAUCAUUUAUUGAAUAUGCUGAGCGUUUUGUCGAUGAAGCUCUCGCGUUCGGCCUUGGAUGGGCGUACUGGUGGCUAUGGGUGACAGUCCUUGCCAACGAGUACAAUUCGGUUUCUCUCGUUAUUGGAUACUGGACGGAGGCAGUUCCUCAAUGGGGUUGGAUUCUAAUCUUCUGGUUCCUGUUUCUUGUCCUUUCGAAUCUGGGCAUUUUAGCUUAUGGAGAGAUGGAAUUUUGGCUUUCAUUAAUCAAGGUUAUGGCCUUGAUUGUGUUUUUCAUUCUCGCACUUUGUAUCAGUGCAGGGGCGAUUGGGCCUCAGACCAUUGGAUUCAAAUACUGGCAUGACCCGGGCGCAUUCGCAGAUGGAAUCAAUGGUGUUGCCAAGACUUUCGUCGUGGCUGGGACAUUAUAUGCGGGCACUGAGAUGGUUGGUAUUACGGCGGGAGAGUCUGCCAAUCCGCGGACAGCAGUUCCACGUGCUAUACAACAAGUGUUUUGGCGUAUCCUGAUCUUCUAUAUUGGGACUAUCUUCUUUAUCGGAAUUCUCAUGCCGUACAAUGACAAGUCAUUGUUGAGUGGUAGUUCCAAAACCGCCAGCUCACCUUUAACAAUCGCCCUGACUGAGGCCGGUAUUUUACCCGCUGCGCAUCUCAUCAAUGCAUUGAUUGUGAUCAGUGUAAUCUCGGCUGGCAACAGCUCUCUAUACGUUGCGUCUCGCGUCCUCCUUUUCAUGUCUAGAAGCGGAAAAGCCCCCAAGUUCAUCGGUCGCGCCAAUAAAGCGGGAGUGCCAUGGGUCGGUCUGAUUUUUACAAACAUUUUCGCUUGUAUUGUUUUCUUGGGACAAUCUUCAAGUGCUGGAGCGGUGUACUCUGCUUUGAUAACGCUAUCCGGAGUGGCCACCUUCCUCGUUUGGAGCGUUAUCGGUGUCUGUCACAUUCGUUUCAGGCGUGCUCUUGUCGCUCAGGGCCAGGACCCAUCGAAAUUACCAUACAAGGCUGCUUUCUACCCGUGGGGCACCUACCUGUCUCUCGCAGCCAAUAUCUUCCUCGUGUUCUUCCAGGGAUACACGUGUUUUUUGAACCCUUUCAGCGCGAAAGACUUUGUAAUAAACUACAUUAUGCUCCCUGUGUUUGCAUUAUUCAUCAUUGUUUAUAAAUUUUGGCACAAGACGAGCUGGAUCAAGCUGGAAGACAUGGACAUUUGGACCGGAAGAAGAGAAUUCGCGGAAGAGGAAACUACUAAGCCGAGGGCUUGGUGGUCGCGCAUUAGCGAUAUUGUUGUCGGAUAA